ACGCCAUGAGAGCUCAGCUGCCAGUUGAAAACAAGGCAUGCCGAGUGGCAUGACGGACCAAACACCUGGAAGCGGUAGGCGCCGUCAUUGCGAGGGCUUUUUCAAUGAUCGCCUGGGGAAUGUUUCCGGUGCAGCUCCCGUGGCUGCACGUCUCAUUCGCUACCGAAUUUGACGAUUCGGCAGGAUGGGUUGUUUUUAGGGCUUGCAUGCAAAUAUUGACAUCUUCCUCUGUAUAUAACUGGGAUUUGAAGCCGACACUCGCACGGCAUGCCGGCCUGUUCUUAGGUAUUCCGGGAUUCCGGGAGGUUGGGCUGGCUGCUUACCACCAUGCCACCAUGACAGUUCAAUAUUUACGCAAUGCGGUCUCUCCUUCCUUCCACCUGCCCUGACAUGAAGAGCUGAAGCGAGACGGGGGUGGAAGGAGAUUACCCCGCCUCCAUGAAGAAGGUCUAGAGAGAAGCAAAGUAUAUGACUACCUCACUAC